GGUUUCUAACACACAUUGUUAAAUAUCCUUUUUCAACAUCGAGAUCAAUAACAGCCCUUGACCGAAGGCGAUCUAUCAGUACCGCGAGAAGAAAAGACAAGGAUUGACGAGCUCGUCUAUAGCAUGUGGUUUCCCAAGAAAGACGGAAGCGGAGAAGAAAGCAGCAGCGGCCGGUGUUUCAGUAGCACUAGCACUGCUACGCCGCCUUUCGAGCUGGAGCGCACGAAUAAGGUGCUGGUGCAGCUGCGCCAGCAUCGGAAUUUCGCACUCGAUAAACAAAACGGCGCAAGGUCGACUAGCCAAAGUUGUAGGAGAACAAGGAGGUGGCCCGAGCUGCCCAACAACGAUACUACGGGAACAUUAACACCAUCAAAAAAGGACGAGAUCGAGCACACUAUUAAGGCUCGCUGGUACGACAAUCCUGGCAGCAUUUGCGGUGCCGGAGGACCAAACCCAAGCGUGCGAAGCAGGAGCUGCUUAUUCGGUCACGUCGAAGAUCCUGCUGAGGAAACAAAAAAGACGAGGUCGAUAACGAUGUUGCGGGAAUCGCAAUCGGAUGCGCAACAUAUCUCGUUCAUCCGUUCAUCUUGCGGUGGACAAUGCGCUGAUGAUCCUUGUUUCGACUAUGCCGCCAGCUGUGCGACCGACGAAGCCUCUAUUACAGCAACGGGAUCCCGCUCUUCCUGCUCGUCCUCGAGGUCCACUCGCGAUAAAAGAACUUGUGGAGAUGAAGCGCCAGCAGGAAAGAGGGCAGCUGCUGUACGACCACCAACUGAAAAGAGGAAAGAACAUGACAGAACCGCUGGUGGAACAAGUUCACUCUCUGUGAUGAAUUCAAAUAUUGUGUCAGAAUCAACUUCGAGACGCCUGAACACGGGUAGGUCCGCCACCUCGAGAAAACGAAAACGAAAAACCAAAACAAUAGAGCCGGACGACUUUAGUAAUACUUAUAGCUGCGAAGAAGAGCACUGUGACUUUUCUAAAGGCUCUCCUGGUGCCGUUAGGCAUUUUCGAAAAGAGAUGGAGCCACCGCUUAUGCAAAGUGGACACGCUGCUCCGUUGGCCGACCUCGUCAGUGGCAGGCCCCAUAGUACCAGUGCGGCAAGAAUUGCGUAUCAGCCGUCGAAAAGGAAAACAGCAAAAGUAGCAAUUUACAGUUUCCGGCUGCUCACCCCGAUCUGUAACUCAAUCGCCAUGUUUCUCAUCCUUCUUCUUCGCAUAUUCUCAUUUCUGCGAGACAUUUUAGCACGACACUGUGGGUUUUUUGGAGGGUCUUCAACUGCUUCGACGUCGAAGGGAACGCUCCACCCUAGCGCCCUUGCGGCCAUUGCUCCGAGUGGAGGUCGACUCAGAAGGACCACAGCUACUAGUACCCAUGCACGAGGAAAAGCUGGCUGGAGCUGCUCUAGAAGUAGCGCUACUGCGUCGAAGAACGCAGAAAAUGUUGACCUCCACACAACUACUUCGGUCCUGCCGGGCAAGACGAGGAUUAAAAAUCAACAUGCGAGCGCUAUUAACAAGGCGCGUUCAGCACAUAGGAACCGAAGCACUGCGGCAGGAGGGACAUGUUGGAUGAGGCCGCCUAGCAGCAAGAAGACUACAUUGACUUCAAGAAAAACUACAAGAACCCACUGGCUGCUAUCUUCAAGAGCGGCUUUCACGAAAACCCUUUUCUACCAGCUGCAGCUCCUUCCCCUCCUCACUUUCGCGUGGCACUACAUCCCGGGCUCGAACGAGUCCAAUAUUUUUUACACCUUUCAAGAAUUCUACACAGACGCGCAGUACGGGCCGGACUUCGGGUACUACAGCAAAGGCAGAAUCCUGCAGGGCGAGUUUUUCAACUCCUACACCACCUUCCCGAUGGGCCUGUCCCCCAUGUUCGGGAACCUGAUCGCCGACCGGCUCUACGCGACCUGGCUCGCGAUGGCCAAGCCACCAAAAUUCGACAUCUUCGAAUUCGGUGGGGGCACGGGCGUCCUGGCCCGCGACAUUCUGUUGCGGAUCGAGGAUCGCUACCCCAUGAUGGUACCCGCCACGAAGUACACCCUGGGGGAGCGCGCGGCGGGCCUCCGCCGGCAGCAGAAGAAGACCAUCAAGGCCGCCAACCUGACCCACUCGGACCAGAUGUUCCAGGUGCGGGAAGCGGACGCGCGGGAGGCCGCGCGGUUGAAGCAGCCGGGCGACAAGUUCGUGGGCGCGGUGAUCUCGAACGAGCUCCUGGACGAGUUUGACCCCGUGAAGCUGCGACUCAUUUGGGAAACCGGCAAGCCGCCCAACCCCUCCGAGGUCCGCAGCUGCCGGACCUGGCGCGAGGUCUACGUCAUGCACCGCGUGGACAAAUCCCUUCUUUUGAAUAGCAACUGGCAGCGGGAAGCGUCCGCGAUCGUGUGUGCCUACCUGGAUGACCCCUGGAUUGCGCGGCUGAUCGCCAAACAGUUCGCGAACGAGCGGCGGUGCUACCCCUACGCGGUGUGCUGCGUGCCCUUAUUGCUGGCGUUGAAUAAGCUGCUGCACUAUGACCACCUGUUUCUGGAACGGUUGGAGUACCGGAACGUGAACUUGCUGAUGGAAGAAUACGAAAAGGAGGUGGCAUAUGGAAGCGUCAGAAUCGAAAUCGUCAAAGUUGAAAUAGUUUGUCAUGCAUAAAAUGCAACCCACAAAGUGCCUGUCUUGCAGAGUAGGCAAGGGAGGCAGACCGUAAGCCUGUUGCGGGGUAGAAAUAGAGCUGCUAAAGUAGCAUGACAAAAGGCAUACUCCUUACCCAAACCGCAUUACAAACUGGAUUUCGGUUCUACCCAAAUUUGUCAUGCGCCACUUGAAAACUAGGCGCGAACUGGUAUCCGUUUUAUGCAUGGUAAACUAUUUCAACUUUGACGAUUCCGAUCCUGACACUCCCACAUGGCAGACCCGCGUGUCUUGGUCACGAAAGAGCAGUAUCGAAUGAUCCGCCGGGCCCAUUUGCACGAUUACCAGGUGGAGGAGGGACUGCUCACCUCUGACAAAAUUGCCACGGAUCAGGUCGAAUUAAUUUUUGACAUGAAGAAUUUGCUCACUCCUUUGCCGCGCAAGGGGCGGGGUCCGAAGACAAGUAUUAUGAUCUACGUCUUCUUGUUCACAACGCACCAUCGAGAGGACCACGUACAAGAUGCGCAAAAAUUCUAGGAUCGAGGCGCCGUGGUCGUGCAAGAUCUUCUGCAAAAAUGAAUGCUUUGAACAAUACGAAAUAUUACAUCAAAACAGGUAUCCAUGCUUCUGACGGAAGAGCGGUGCGCCGAACUGACAGCGUUUUUCGCGCGCCACGCGCAGCGGUUCACCCGGGCCGCGGAGCGCCGCGACGCAAUCGACGGUACCACUCCGCUGAACGACAUUUCGUCCUCUUCGUUCCUUAAGUGGGUGGUCCGUCCCGGCGAGGAGCAGUUUGCGCAGGAAGCCAGCAAACUGUUGGACCAGGGCAUCAUGAUCGCGAUUGACUACGGUGCGGAUUUUGAGGCCCUGGCUUGGCUGCAGAUAUCAAAUGUGAAAAUGUCUGGGUCUGGAAGAAUGCAAGAUUUGUGAUGCAGGUUUUCCAUGACCCAUGAGGUCUGGAAUGCGAGACCCAGCAUGACAGAUUCUUUGAGAUCUCUAUCAUGCCUCUCGUGCUUGGUCAAAAGCGGACAGCUUUUGGCACUCACGCAACACAGAUUUUUGCAUCAUUUAGGUUUAGCAUGACAAGUUCUAAUCUUCCAGACCCAGACAUUUUUGCAGUUGAUAGCAGAUCGUGAAGCCCAAUUACGAGGGGAUUCACAUCAUGGAUGCCCGGUACGGCUAUCAAAUGUAAAAAUGUCUGGGUCUGGAAGAGUGUAGACUUGUCAUGCAGAUUUUCCAUGACCCAUGAGGUCUGGAAUGCGGGACUUAGCAUGACAGACUCUGCGAGGCCUCUGCCAUGCCUAUUCUGCAUGAGAAACUCCGUUCCAACUUGGUCAAAAGUGGACAGCUUUUGGCACUCAUGCAACACAGAUUUUUGCAUGCUUCAGAUUUACCAUGACAAGUUGCAAUCUUCCAGACCCAGACAUUUUUGCAAUUCAUAACGGCAAUUUCUGCACCAACAAGGGUGAGCUGCAGUGUCCCGGCAUGCACGACAUCACAACAAACGUGGACUUCACCAAUAUAUGAAAGUGCACAAGAACUCCCCUUCAUCCGCAUCCCCCUAUAUUUGUAUCAAUGCAAAAUACCUAACUCACAGCAACAGCUUGCUCGUAAGGACUACUUGCAAGACAAUGAUAAAUUCUGGAGCCUCAUCAAACAGUGCAGUACUACAAUGCGCACGAAGAUUUGUUGUCAUCCGGAAGCCCCUUUCUGCUGUUGCUUGUGGUGAUGCUGUAGCUGAUGCGUUUUAAGCGCGCACCUAGGGGGAGGUGUGCACACGGAUACAAUUUCGCCGAGGCUGCGAAGGAAAAAAACUUCGAGCUCGUGUCCUACGCGCCCAUGAUCGAGCUGGAACGGUUAUCACACAGAAAAAACAAGCUAGUGUGUGUGUGUGGCAUAUUUGUAUUGCUACUGAUGCAAAAAGAUACAGCACUAAAACUUCUAUACGUAUACUAGUACAACACACAGGAUCAAAUCUGCGAUGUUUAUCUUGGGCCAGCCCAUAGCAACAGGCUGCUUGAAGUAUAAAUAUGCAAGACUCGUCCUGACAGAUGAUCUUUUCAACAUCGUACUACUCCUGCGUAGUUGCAAAAUCUCAACAUCCUAGUUUUUUUCUCCGGGAUGGCGUUCCUUUGGCUUCGGUGCGCACGAAGAGUCGCUCUUUCCGCAUGUGAUCGAGCAGGCCGGCGGAAUCAGAAGCGCCGGCGUCUGGGGCUGGUACUCCACCAAAAACACCGAACCCUGGGCCAGCUUCAAGCUGCUGAUCAUGCAGAAGCAAGGUAGUGCGGUGCCGGCAGCUGGGAGUUCUACACUUGGUGGUCCAGGAACGACGAGACCAGCAGACGCGGAGCCCAUGCUGAAAAUGAACCCGUUUCAUGGUACGUGUACGUCUCUAGUAGAUCUUUCGAGGCCGCUCUUCGUCAAGAACUACACAAGUCGUGUUGAUGGCUUGAGUGAUGAUGAUGGCACUUGUUCACGACGGCAUCUCUAACCGUGCGGCACAUGAUAACGCUCACGACGAAAGCGGCUGCUAGUGCUAGAGUGAGACGCAAGGAGAUGAACAUCAUCAGCACCGUAUCGAACAAAAAAGUGUUAACGUUACGGCUUCGGCGAUUUUUAGAAUAAAUUUUUUUAUUUUGCCGCUCAGUCGCUUUCUUUUCAUGUUAAAAUCAACACUUUUCAUGAUACUAGCUACCGCGGGGCGCUGUUGUAGCGUAAUCAGUUUGAGCUAGCUAGUGCACAAAGUAUUCCAUUCCGCACCCGAGUCCGGCGUAACCUCCGGAGGAAGACCAUGGGCGCCGCGUCUCUGACUGUUUUGGCAUGAUAUGGUGGUGAUUCUGGCGACCUUUCGCCUUCAAGUCUGUCGCGCAAGGUCUGCGUCAUGUGUCGGCAUAUGAGUCUACGCGACAAUCCCCCGAAAGGUCCGCGCAACUCCCCACCAUAUCGCCCGCUUAGAACUGUAUAGAUUCGCUGCGUUUCCAGUCAUUGCGUUGUAGCUUUUGAGCCAUCUCGCCAAGUUCUUCCCAUGAGGCAGAAAAGCUGUCAUUUCGAGGAUGAGGAAAAUUGGCAAAAUUCGGGCACCAAAUUGCCCAAAUUCUGCAGUCACCCAGAAAACCGCUAACACUUUUUAGACAGGGCGCUAUGAUCGACCCAGCCUGCCAAAAGCAGGCUUUUUUGUAUGAAAACGCCAAAAAAUGACCGUUAACACUUUUUAGACGGGGCGCUAUGGUCGAUUUAUCCUCCCCAGAGCCCGUGCUCCUUGGCCUGCAGGGUUCUGGACAAAGUAAGUCGAUCAUAGCAUGCUGUCUAAAAAGUGUUAACGGUUUUUCUGGGUGACUGCGAAAUUUGGCCUCAAAUUGAUGGCAAAUCAUGGAUUUUUUCAGCGGAAUUCCCUAUGACCCCAAAAAACCGCUAACACUUUUUAGACAGCGCGCUAUGGUCGAUUCUGCCUCCCCAAAGCAGGCCCAUCCCCAGUGUCGCUGGCGGCGACGGGGAUGGUGGCAGCUCGAGAUCAUCUCUCAACCACAUUGCUUGCAGUAGCUGCCGUCCACGAAGCGUCCCAAAACAGCUGAAAGGCAGGCUCCGCCGACGCCGAGCUGUUGUGGAGGCGCUGCGACCGGGUCCAGGAGCCGACGCGCAGGGGAAGGCUCCUCAUGGAGCGGCCCCGGUAGGCGAAGUUCCGCGUCGUCAGACCUUGUGCACUAGCUAACUCAAACAUAGUUAGCUACUUCAGAGGCCCGCAAUAGCUAAAAGAGUGAGCGGGCCCCUUUAUGUAUUCAGAUAACGCCGGCAGGGAACCAACAAAAAAUUUUUAAUGCAAAAAAUCCAAAACCGUAACGGAAAACAUCAUCAGCACCGCCGCAAAGUUUUGUCGUUCCAAAUUUAGGUAUGGCUCAGUUUCCGCUCCUCCGUGCCCGAGACGAGAUCGAUAACUGUAUGGAGGAGGUGAGUAUCAAUCGCAAGUAGAAAUAUGGCUGGGUCUUGAAGAUUGCGAGAAUUGACGUGCUAGUUGUCUGGCACGACCCUGAGCUCUGUAUUUUUGCGUCGCUACGAAGAGCUCGUCUCGUCUGUCAUGCAGAAACAGAGUUUCUGUUUCUCACACACGCGAAAUACACAUCAACACAGAGCCCGCGCGAAAGAAUCUGUCAGGUUUCGCUGUGCAUUGCAGGAGACUGGGCCCAUUAUUCAGUGACAUGCACCAUCAUCCCAACUUUCGCUUUCCAGACCCAGACAUAUUUGCAGUGGAUAACGAUGCUUCCCUCCCUGGCCGGCGCCAUCCUGCGGGAGUCGAAGCUGAAGCUGAAUUCGGUGGAACCCUGGGCGACGGCGAGUAUAUUGGCGCGUGUGAAUCCGGAUCUUGUCUACGACCAGGAACUGGUAACUAAUGUAAUUCUUGCAUAAAACUUUUAUGAAUAUGAAGUCUUUUUUGAAGCAUCUCAGACGAUGAUGUUCUUGACGAUCACGAUGAUGAUGAUAGUGAUACAUCGGGCACCAAGUUGUAGAAGUAUUCGCUUAUUCAUUGCCGUUUUAUGCUACAAGUACAACUAGUGGUAGUGUAUCAGGUUCAGCAUAAACAAAAAAUGCACCAGCUGCAAGGCAGUGAGUAUGUAACUCCUACUUUGCUCGAACUUGUUGCACAACAGGAGCGGCAGCGGGCCAUCAUGAACGAGUACCACCUGUCCAUCUUGCUGCUCGAUUAUGCAACCCAUUUGUCGCAAAACCAGUGCCCCAUUCAGUGGGACGAAGCUUCCAUUCGCGACAUUGCAGAGGCGCGGUUGCUGAAGCAAGUGUUCGGCGAGGAGGCCCUGGAGCGGGCACUGAAGUACUACGUACAGGUGAAUAACAUGACCGUCGUGAAACCGUCCUACGUCUCCCAAUUUACCCCGGUGGGCUGCAUGCUGCGGAAGGGCCUCCUCGGGUAUUGCGGGCAUAAUGAGGUACUGAACGAGGCCUAUGUGGAGGACUUCGACUUGGGGCACAUGCUGAUGUGAUGGAGCGUUGUAGUGGUAGUAGGAUUUCCGAUACUUUUUGUUCGCGGUUGAGCUGGGCAACAAGUACGUAGCGUGCAAAGACAAUGAACGGGGGAUGACGUUCUUACAGAGAACGAGCUUUCUUUUCUCUCUCUACAACUGUAUCUCUGUCGGAUAAGAAUGAAAAUCCUGUGUAGUACAAGCUUCUUGGCAUGCUGCUCUUUUGUACGAUGGAGGUGCGAUUGAAGCUGUAUUUCUAUCUUUUUCAACAUCGGAGUGGCGCUUUGCUAUUGCUUGUACUUUUCCAGGAGCUCUAAGCAAUAGAUAGUUGCGUUCUUUGUUCUUUGAGGAUUGUCUCGACUCUUGUAUUCAAUGAAUACUAUACGUCUUCACCUUCAGAUGAGUAUGCGGAUUAUAAAUAUGUGCCCCGAUUUCAUCCGCCAGCACGAGCCCACUUUUUCCCGCAUUUUUUUAUACCAUAAAGAUACAAACGAACUAUCAGAUGAGGCAAGUCGAAAGAUGAAACGCUUUCCAUGUACAUUAACUUGGUGAAUGCGCCGAACGAGCAGUAUUGUAAAAAAAUUCAAAGUACUUAUUGUUUGUGCGUGUAAUGAUGUUUCUCGACUCUGCUGUGGCUUUUAUUUAGCGUGAUGUCGUCCAUUUGGACACCAAACAAGUUCUUAAUCGUGGGGAGAAGAGCAUGAAAUGAAAAGGGGAUUUGGAAAAAUCGCGGUCUAAUCUUGCUUGAAAUGUAACCCGUAGUAACGACCACGCAAAAGUGGUCCAUUAUCCUCUCGAGAUGAACAGUUCGCCAGC